AUGACAACCCGAUACCAAGUCACCGAACCUCACCCUCACGUCGCCACAUCCUCAUUCAUCCAUUCCGGCCGCGGCGGAGCAGGAAACACAUUCAAAGCCCCCAAGACCACCAACGGUAGCAACGCCCGAGGCCCCGCCUCCCUCUUCACUCUCGGUCUCCCCCAAACCUCAUCUAAAUUCAGCAGCGGCCGCGGCGGCGCCGGCAACAUUCUCCCCACCUCCAAGAAAGCCCCGUUCUCCUUCGACGAAGAACUCGAACGCCAAAGCACCCGCGAAAAGAAGAUGAGCGAAGGAGGCAUGUGGCACGUUGGACGGGGCGGCGCCGGAAACUACACCAGCGGACGACCCGCCAGCGAACGCAAGAGUUCGACCAGCUCCGAGGACAGCAAUGGGAGUAUUCGCAGUGCGCGGAGUGGAGGAUUUCUCGAGCGCUGGACUUCGAGGAAUUCGACGAGAACGCGUAGGAGUUUGAAGAGAUAUUUUUUUUCGCUCUCUUUUUCCGUCGUGAUUAAGGAUAGAACAGAAGUCUCGAGACUUGGAUUAUUCUGCGUGCAUAUGCAUUACGAUAACUAUGAUUUUUUUCUUCGCGGCGCGGUACUAUACAUUGCAUGGUUUUUACCUAUCUGGGGCAGAAGGGCAUACCUUCGCAUUUCAACAUUUAAAAGCAUUAUGAUGGCGUUUUCAACAUUACAUUACUACUUCACUCCCUCUUAA